AAACGCGAGUGCGACAUAAAUCUAUCUCGCCUUUAGCCCCAAGUUACAAAUAAAGGAGUUGUUGUGUUAAUAUGGUCCUAAUUGAUCCGUAAAUAGACGAGGUAUACAGCAUCUAGUACGUGAGAAGAGGGGUGUACGACAGGACAAGACCCAACAAGGAACAAAAAUGAAAACGGAUUAUGAUGUCAUAGUUAUUGGUGGGGGUGUGGAAGGGCUUUCAACAGCAAGGUAUUUAGCAAAACAAAGCUGCAGAAGUUUGUUGUUGGAACAGUUUUUGGUCCCAAACAACCGAGGGAGUUCUGGUGGUUUUUCGCGUACGAUCAGACACAGUUAUAACACGUUACAACAUGCACUGAUGAUGCCAAGUAGUUUCAAAGAGUGGAGAGAGUUAGAGAAAGAAUGCAAUAAGAAACUGCUAAUAAACACAGGCGUCUUGUCCAUGUGCAGCAAUGAUAAUCAAAAAGAAAUUCAAGCUAAUUUGAAACAGAUUGGAAUCGACUAUACGUUUUAUAAAAGCGAAGAGAUUGCAAAAGUAUUUCCUGGGUUAAACGGUGGAGAAUAUAAUGCUAUCUAUGAACGCGAGGCUUGCAUCAUGAAAUCGGAUGAAUGUCUACGCUGUUUACGGGAUUCUUACAUUUCUUCUGGAGGGACUCUUCUUGAGCUACAAAGAGUCAUAGCAAUAAAUCCAAUCAACGAACACAGAGUUGAAGUUAGGACCCCGGAAAAUGUGUUCGUUGCCGAGUCGGUUGUUUUAACAUGCGGUGCAUGGACGAACAAAAUGUUGAAACCAUUGGGUUUAAAACUGCCUUUAAAGGUGCAGAAAACUGAUGCAUUUUACUGGAAAACAAAAGAUGAGAAAAUGUUUUCAGCGAGUAAUGGUUUCCCGGUUUCUUGCGUUAUGAAAAACGAUGGCAAUUUAUGUUACAGUUUGUCAAGUUUUAAGUACCCCGGAUUAGUUAAGGUCGCUUUGCAUAAAGGCAUAGAAGUGGACGAGGAUAACAGAGAUGCUCCUUUGAGCCAGGAGCAACGACAAGCUUGGAAAAAAGACUUUAAAGAGCUAACAACGUUUGUAAAAGAACAUUAUCCUGGCUUGGAACCAGUCCCAUCUAUUCACGAAGCUUGUCUAUAUACAAUGACACCAGACGAAGACUUCAUUUUGGACAGUCAUCCGUCUCACAGAAAUAUUAUAAUAGGAGCUGGAUUUUCAGGACAUGGAUUUAAGAUGGGGCCAGUUGUUGGAGAGAUAUUGGGAUCUCUGGCUUUGAAAAGAAAACCUAAAGUCGACACACAUUCAUUUUUAAUUUCAAGAUUCAGUGCUUCUUCAAUGGAUAAAAUACCACAGGGCAAAUUGUAGGCUUGUACCCGCUCAAGAAAUCAAUCUAAUUGCUAAUAUACUGAAGACGUUUCAGAAGCGAAGUAUCACAAAUUAAAGCUUGGCAUACAAAAACUACCUACAACGUUAUAUCAAGUAAGCAGGCACGAGAAUAGCUGUGUUAUAACGACUGCAGUUUCCGGCCACAGGAAGAUUAAGCAAGUAACAUUGAUGAAUACACUGUGUGUAUUUUUAGUUUCGCUAUGCGAGAAAAAACAAUUCAAAAAGGCGCAAUUAGCUUUAGCUAAUUCUCUGAUGUUGUUACCGAAAUACUUUGACAGCUUUAUAAUUUGAUACUAUUGCUUAUGUAUAGUAAUAUCAUAUACGCUAACAUAUUCCGCAUUUAGCACCCAGCAUUGAAAAUAAGCGCAAGAAUUAAAACAGCUGAUUGCUU